AUGUUUCCUCUUUCUUGUCGUGCCCCGAUUUGCAUCUCAACAUCCCUGAGCAUUGAAGCUCCAAUCUGCAAUCAUGGGGUUGCUAUCCAAAGUCGGGGAUCGUCCCACCCCUUCUCAAGUCUAAAAUUGGCGUGUUUAUGCAUGUUCUAUCGUCGCUGGUUUUGUGGCUGUCAUGAUAGCGCAUUUAUUGGAACAGCGAUCGCGCUCCCGUCUUUCAAAGAGGAAUUCAAUUUUGCCGCAUUGUCCAAGACGAACUUAAAUCUUGUGAGCGCCAAUAUCGUAUCAUGUUAUCAAGCUGGAGCAUUCUUCGGUUCCCUCUUUGCGUACAUUGCGGCGUAUUUCCUCGGAAGAGUCAGAGGUAUGGCUGUAUUUAGUGCUGUGUUUACAGUUGGUGCUGCCAUGAUGCUUGGUGCAAAUGGAGAUCGUGGCCUGGGUCUCACAUACGGCGGACGAGUUCUUGCUGGCUUAGACGUAGGAGGUUGUUCGAGUUUGGCUCCUAUUUACAUCUCCGAGAUAUCUCCACCUGCAAUUCGUGGUCGACUGGUUUGCAUGUUUGAAUUAGGAUGGCAGAUUGGUGGACUGGCUGGAUUCUGGAUUAAUCAAUGCAUAAUUCCAUUUGCAAUCCAACUCAUUCCCUCCGGACUAUUGUUACUCGGAUCAAUUUCGCUUCAUGAAACUCCUUGCAUUCAAAAUCUAACUGAAGAUGACAUUUACAUCAAGGAAGAGAUCUACGCAAUCGACCAAAAUAUUGAGCAACAGAUGGCAGGAGGUGGUCUUGGAUUCUGGCAACCAUUCAAACUCCUCGCGAGGAGCCGCAAGAUUCAAUGGAGGUUUUUCCUUGGAGGAGCAUUAUUCUUUUGGCAAAACGCUUCUGGUAUCAAUACCGUCAACUAUUAUUCUCCGACUAUUUUCAAGAGUAUUGGUAUUAUCGGUACUAAUACUUCAUUAUUCUCGACUAGCCUAUUCGGUGUUGUCAAAACUGUCGGAACUAUCAUUUACUUGCUAUUCCUGAUUGAUCAAUUGGGGCGCAGGAAGUCGUUGAUGAUCGGAUCCAUUGGUGGAGCUCUGUGCAUGUACUACGUUGCUGGUUACAUUGCAAUCGCAAAACCUGCAGAUCACCCAACAAGUUCCCUACCACCUUCUAGUGUAUCUACCGUUUUCCUUUUCUACUUGUGGACUACAUUUUAUACUUCAACCUGGAACCCAACGCUUGUCCGAACACUAGCUCACGCACAUGCCGCUGCUCAUAACUGGCUGUGGAAUUUUCUCAUCUCGAGGUUCACACCCCAAAUGUUUUCUUCAAUGGGAUAUGGAGUUUACCCAUUUUUCACAUCUUUGAUGAUUUGGGGUGCGGCGUUCGUUUUCUUCUUGAUUCCAGAAACGAAGAACGUUCCUCUGGAGGCCGUCGAUAGACUCUUUCAGCGCGGUUUGCCGGCUAGGAGAGCGCAUGCAGUUGUAUGGGCGGAAUUGGAGCAGGAGUAA